AUGGGUAAGAAGAAGUUGAAUUAUGCUGCUGGAGAUGACUUGCUUCUAUUUGCUACUCCAAAGGAAGCAAUGGAAGAAAGCAGACGCCGAAUAUUAGAGGAUAAAAUAAGGAGACGACAAAGAGAUGAAAGGAUUACUUCUGCUCCUGUUGUUAAUUCACCACAUGAACAGACGCAACAACUACAACAAACCAACAGUCCACAGUUAAUACAGCGGCAACCUUUGCAGUAUAGGAAUACUCAACCACUACCGGUGCAUCAACAUCACCCGCCCUUACCAAACCAUCUACCACUUGGACAGCCGAAUGUGCGGUCUAACAGACCAAUACCACCACCAUCCAAUAUGUCACAAGUCCCAAUUCUCGCACCUACAACUAAUGAGUAUGGUGGCCGCCCUAUACACCACGCUUUACCCUAUGUGAGACAUUCUUCAUCUUCCCCAACAAGUAGAAAAUCUCCAACUCCAGAUGCUCCACAUAGGGUGGCAAAUGACCCCAACAAAGAUGUUCAAAUUGCUGUUCAAUUGUUCAAUAAUCAUGAUAUUAGGAAAAGAGGGCGUUUAACUGCAGAAGAGCUACAGAAUUUAUUACAGAAUGAUGAUAAUUCUAGAUUUUGUAUAUCUUCCAUUGAUUCAUUAAUUAAUUUAUUUGGAGCAACAAGAUUCGGGACAGUUAAUCAACAAGAAUUUGUCUCGCUAUAUAAAAGAGUAAAAAUAUGGAGAAAAGUAUAUGUAGAUAAUGAUAUCAAUGGGAGUUGUACGAUAUCUUCAGCGGAAUUCUAUAAUUCUCUACAACAAUUAGAGUACUUGAUACCCUUUGAGGUUUGUGAGAAGUUUUUCGAUCAAUUUGCCGAGUUUAUUAAUGAAAACAAUUUUUCAAAAGAGUUGAAAUUUGAUAAAUUUGUGGAAGCAUUGGUUUGGUUAUUAAGACUAACUAAGGUUUUCCGGAAUUUUGAUUCUGAUCAAAAUGGUAUUGCCCAAGUUCAUUAUAAAGAUUUUAUUGAAAUGACUCUUUAUCUUGGUCGUUUUUUACCUCAUUGA